AGGCGGCCGAGCUGGCGGCCAAUAAGAGUGGAGCGAAGGCGGGGCUUAUGUUCCGGCGGGAAGAUGGCGGCAGGUUCUUGCACGGCGGUGUAUGAGAGGUUGAAGGAGCUGGGCUGCCCUGCUCUAGAAAGUGUUUACCUGUCAGAUGCUAAAGAAAUCCAGAAGUUGUUGUGCACCCCCUCAGUCCAUCGCCUGGACAUACUAGAAUGGAUCUUUGUAAGUGUGUAUCCGCCCAUCCAGGAACAGUUCGCCUCUCUCAAGGAAUCUCAGUCAGAUUUAAAAAUAAAAGCAAUGGUGAAGCUGGGAUAUGAUCUGAUGCUUUGUCAGGCCGAAGACCUGGAUCUCAUUAUGGGAAAGGCCCCUGCCCAGAAGCAGCUCCACUUCCUGGAAGAACUCUUGGCAGUGAUUCCGCCUCAGGGUAACUUCACAAUGUCUGGCUCGAUAUCAGACUCCAGCAUUUUCUCCAGCAAAGAGGAAUCUUUCCAGGAGAUUGCCAGGAAGAAUGAAGAAUUUGUGAAGCAGGUUUUCUCCAGUCCUGACCUGCAGGCUGUCUUGAACCCGGAGUGUCAUCCCUGGAGCUCAGACAUAAAGCCCCUCCUAGUGGGCGAAGAAGCGCCACAGAAAAGGGUCCCUCCGUCAGUCACUUCUCAUGAGAGCACCCUGCUGGAUCGGCUGAAGGAGCUCGAAGACAGAAUGGCAGCCCUCCAAGAUCUCAAAGCCCAGUGUUCGUUCCUGCCGGGAUCCUCCGCUGGGGGAGAUGCAUCCCAAGACAGUCACACAGCUCUGCAGGCGCUCAAGCUGAUCGCUUCCGACUACAACCAGCUGCUCCUGGCCUUUGAGCAAGUGUAUGAGAACGAGCUGCAGAAGCACUGUGAGCGCUCACCUCCUCGACUGAGCCCUUGUGGCCCCCUUUUCCAAGCUGUGCACCACAACCUGCUUCUCUGUAUACAGGAACUGCAAGGUCUAGCCCAAGUUACAGAAACCGCCGAAUGUAUUAUGGAAACAGUGAAGCGACGGCAUGAAGAGAAGGUGGUUUGGAGUGGCAAUGCUAAAUCUUCACUUCCUUCAAAACUUGAAGAGCUGCAACAGAAAUACAAGGCCAUCCAUGCUAUACUUGAAGACUGCCAGUGAUUUUGAGCUUGAAUGAACUGUAAAUACAUUAUUUGGGGAAAUGGGAAAAGAUCUUCCAUCUUGGGAUGGAAAAUAUUAAUGGAAGGCUGGAAAAUGCUGCUUGUUGUCUUUCCAAAUGUAAAUACAUUUUGUUCUCUUUUUCUGA